AUGAAAGAUAUUUCUGUGUGUCUCAGUGAAGAGGAUCAUGUUGAGCAUUUGAGGAUUGUUUUAUAUGUAUUGAAAGAGAAGCAGUUGUUUGCUAAACUUUCAAAGUGCGAGUUUUGGUUGAAGGAAGUGAGUUUCCUUGUCCAUGUGAUCUCUAGUGGUGGUAUUUCGGUUGAUCUUUCUAAGAUUGAGGUUAUAUCUCAAUGGGAAACGCCGAAAUAUGUGUCUGAGAUUCGUAGUUUUCUUGGUUUGGCAAGUUAUUAUCGAAAGUUUAUUGAAGGAUUUUCUAAGUUAUCUUUGCCGUUAAUGCAGUUGACUAGGAAAGGUCAAGCUUUCAUUUGGACUGCACAGUGUGAAGCUAGUUUUCAAGAGCUGAAGAGGAGAUUGACUAUUGCUCCUGUUUUGAUUUUACCAAAUCCAUCAGAACCAUUUGUGGUGUAUUGUGAUGCUUCUUUGAUGGGUUUAGGAGGUGUGUUAAUUCAGAAUCAACAAGUUGUAGCUUAUGCUUCAAGAAAACUCAAAGUGCAUGAGAGGAAUUAUCUGACUCAUGAUUUAGAAUUAGCUGUUGUUGUGUUUGUUUUGAAGAUUUGGAGACAUUUUUUGUUUGGGUUGAUAUUCGAUGUGUUUAGUGAUCACAAGAGUCAGAAAUCUGAUUUGAUUUUGGUAGAUCGAUUGGCGUUGAUCAAUCAAGGUAAAGGUGGUGAUUUUCAUAUUAAUGAGAAUGGUAUCAUGAGGUGUCAUGAUAGAGUUUGUGUUCUCGAUGUUUCGGAUUUGAGAAAGAGGAGUCUUGAUGAAGGACAUCGUAGUGGUUUGAGUAUUCAUCCUGGUGCUACUAAAAUGCAUCAAGAUUUGAGGAAAUUAUUUUGGUGGCCUGGUAUGAAAAAAGAGAUUGCGAAAUUUGGGUAUUCGUGUUUGAUUUGUCAGAAAUCGAAGAUUGGGCAUCAGAAGCCGUCUGGUUUAUUACAACCGUUAUCUAUUCCUGAAUGGAAAUGGGAUAGUAUUUCUAUGGAUUUUGUUUCUGGUUUACCUAGGACUCCGAGUAAUUGUGAAGCUAUUUGGAUUUCCGAGAAAGUAGGUGAUGUGGCUUAUCGGAUUACGUUACCACCGUCACUUGCUAAUCUCCAUGAUGUGUUUCACGUGUCUCAAUUGAGGAGAUACAUUGCGGAUCCUUGGCAUGUUGUCCAAUUAGAUGAUGUUGAGGUUAGAGAUAAUUUGAUCGUGGAGACAUUACCUAUGCAGAUAGAAGAUAGAGAGGUGAAACAACUCCCUGGUAAAGAGAUCGCUUUGGUGAAAGUCGUUUGGGGAGGACCGGCUGGUGGAAAUGUGACGUGGGAGCUUGAGAGUCAGAUGAGGGAUUCAUAUCCCGAGUUGUUAGCUUGA